AUGGGGAGAAACGACGCGUACAGGUGUAGAGUCCUCCUCUGGCAGAUCUGUAGAAGGACGUUUGUUCCCACGCCCCCCUGGGGGGGAAAGUCAAUCCAGGGAUUUGUUCCAAAGCUGGGGAAAGUGGCACCCACAGAGGGAAAACAGAGGACACAAACGGAUAAGAGAACAUUCUUCCUCACUCUACACACAAAAGGGAAAGAGAGCACAGAGUUGAAACACACAAACGCAUCCCCUGCCACUUCGAAAGUACGAACCACCCUGAACAAGUACAAGAUACACAUAAUAUACUAUUCAGUUUUUUUCUCCCUAUUUUGUAUGUUCUCAUACUGCGUUAUAAAUCUACUAAUUAUGGUUCUUCACGAACCACAGUCUGUAAAAAUGGUGAAGGAGAGGGUCUUAAUGGACCAGGCGUUGGUAGAAGAGUAUGGGAAAGUCACAUUCUCUCGCUUCUGGACUGGCCAUAUAAAUGAGAAUGACGCCAGAAUAAUUAUUAAUAUAAAAAGUGACACGAAAAAAAACAAAAAGGGGAAAGUUAUUGGGAACCUUGUCAAGCAGAAGGACGACACGUGGGUUAUUAAGACGUUAACCUAUUACACGAUUAAAAGGAAUGAAAACUUCCAGACGGAUGACUUGAAGACGCUGCGACCCAGUGAUGGCCAAGGCUCCGUCUGCCCGGUGGAUCACCAAUCUUUGGGCGCUCCCAGGGUUAAGGGGUAG